ACCAGACACACACACUACAGAACAUUAGUCUGUUUUAGGGCAGCCCCUUUAGCAGAUGCUGGCUUCUUUGCCACUAAAACUCUUGCGCUCAGUCAGCUGCAGCGAACACUCCUCAUUAUCUUUACACUGCACACCACUGCACUGGACAAACCCCAGCCAUGAGCGAUGAAGAAGACCAAUAUCGGAACUUCCUGGAGCUCUUCAAUACAACCUAUGACACGACUGACAUGAGCUACGUGGUCAGUAAUCGUGUCCAUUUCUGUGCGCAGACCACUGUCAACCAGUUCGGCGCGAGAUUCAUCCCAGUUUUCUACUAUGUCAACUUCCUCCUGAGUUUCCUUGGCAACGGGCUCGUCCUCUUUAUCAUCUACAAGUAUGAGAAGCUCAACACAGUGACAAACAUCUUCCUCCUGAAUUUGGUCCUCUCCAACAUUCUCUUUGCCUCCAGUCUCCCCUUCUGGGCGACAUACCAUCUGUCUGAGUGGAUCUUUGGCAUGGCUCUCUGCAAGAUCGUCAGCAGCGCCUACUUCAUCGGCUUCUACAGCUCCAUCCUCUUCCUCACACUCAUGACAUUUGACCGAUACCUUGCAGUGGUGCAUGCAGUGGCAGCUGCUAAGAGCAGGAAAAAGGCAUAUGCCAUCAUUGCAUCAGUGAUAGUUUGGUUCAUCAGCAUUCUAGCGAGUGUGAAAGAGCUCGUUCUCCAAAAUGUGUGGAAGAGUCCGUUCAAUGGACUGAUGUGUGACGAGUCAGGAUUCCCUGAGAGCACCAUGGAGCGCUGGCGUCUGGUCAGUUAUUACCAACAAUUCCUGCUCUUUUUCCUCCUCCCUCUGUUCAUGGUGAUGUACUGCUACAUCAGCAUCACCGUCCGCAUCCUGUCCACCCGCAUGAAGGAGAAGUGCCGUGCCAUCAAGCUCAUAUUCGUCAUUAUCUUCACCUUCUUCGUCUGCUGGACGCCAUACAAUAUCGUCAUCCUCCUUCGAGCUAUUCAGAUCUCCAGCACCAGUGAGGACAGUGACUCGUGUUCUGCCACCGAGAGCUUGGACUAUGCACUGUAUGUGACCAGGAACAUAGCCUAUUUGUAUUGUUGCAUUAGUCCUGUGUUUUACACAUUUGUGGGAAAAAAGUUCCAGAGCCACUUCAGACGGCUGAUGGCAAAGAAGAUCCCCUGUCUGAAGAGACACAUUAGCCUCAGCAGCCAGAGCACCAGAACCACAUCACAGAGGACACCACACUCUGCUUACGAGUACUAGACAGACACACACACACACCAGACACACACACACACACACACACACCAGACAAACACACACACACACACACACACACACACACACACACCAGACAAACACACACACACACACAUACACCAGACAAACAUAUACGUUAUACGAUAUAUUUCUUUAGAAACAGCUCACCAAUAAAAUGUUUCAUUUUUUAAAAAGGGUUAAAAGUGCCCAGCCUGAACAAACAUUUUAGCAAGCAUUAUGUAAAUAGCUGCCCCCUAGCAGGUCGUGUCCAGGUACUUUGAAUGUCCCGUGAGAGCUGAGGCAGACCUCCAGCCCUCCUUGAGGAACUUUAAGUAGUCCAUGUUUCUAUGUGCGGCUUAAUGAUUUUUGCAUCAGCUUCUGCUCCUGAUUGGUCCUUAUCCAAUUUUGUUGAUUCAAUGUUGGAUGCAAAAUGUUUGUUUGUAGAAAUGUGAUGCAUUUGACACAUCUCAUCCAAGUGCUUUCAAUGAACUGUGCUUAACCUUCCAAUAAAAAGGCCAGUCAAACUCUU